UAAGCUAACUGUUAGUACCUGAAUUCCUUAGUAGCAUUUUUAUUUUCGUCCUUUUAAAUAACUUGAUUAAAUUCGAAACUAACUUGGUUGAUUUAAACGUCAAACUUUUAAAGUUCUAUUAUCUUUGAAAAGUUUUGUCCAAAUUUGUAGACCACCAGAUAAAACGAUGGCAAGUACAGAAAAAGGGAUAGCCGUGCGAAUAAUGAAAACGGAGGAUUACGAUCAAGUGGAACUCUUUUUACGAGUACAUUACUACAAUGCUGACCCGCUUAUGUGGUCUUGUUCUGAGGAUUUAUAUAAGUUUGGUAUUCCGUACUUUGAUGAAAUGAAUCUAUCACUAAUUAAGCAAAAUACUUCAUUGAUUGCCAUCGAAGAGUCGACUAAUAGCAUUGCUGGUGUGAUCAUAGCAGGAGCACAAGACCAAAACGAUGUAGAGGAGCACCGCUUGCUAUCGGAGACAUUGGAAUCAAAUAUAUUUGGCCGCAUUGAACGAUUACUAUCGGAUGUGGAACGCAAAUCUAAUGUCUAUCAAAAAUUCAAUGUAAAGAAAUUGCUCUAUUCGCAUGUCACGUGUGUGGAUACCUUGAAACGUGGUCAGGGAUUGGGUGAACGUUUAGUAACAACUCUAAUAAAAUUGGGCCGUGCAAAAGGAUUCACAUUGAUGUUAGCCUUGUGUUCGAGUUUCUAUUCGGCUCGUCAGAAGCAUGCUCUAGGCAUGGAGUGUAUAUAUGCCCAGUCAUAUGAGGAUUAUAAGGAUGACAAUGGUAACGCGAUAUUCACUCCACCGGCUCCCCAUACCCAUAUUCAAGUCAUGGCUAUGAAAUUGUAAAGGAAAACUAGAAAGUCUUUAUCACUUAUUAAAUCUACUCAAUAAAUUAAUCAUCUAUCAGGAUUUACUUAAAAAUAUAAGAACUUUACAUUGAA